GAGAUGCAAAUCAGAUAGGAAUCGGAAUCUUCAAAACUAAAAAAUAGUAAUCGUAAGGAUAAGCUGGUAGAUGGAGUUGAGUGUAAAUUUGUUCAAUGGUAGGUAGUGUACCGAUGGUCAUUAGCGACAAGAUUUGAUUUUCUUACAGGUAACUCCGAAUACAAUAAAAUCUGAUGCCAAAACUCGAACCAGGGGCAUAGGAGAGAGUGUGAGAGAAAUGGAGAGGGCGUUGUUAUUGCCGGAAGCGGAAGCGGAAGAAGAAGCAGUAGUAGAAGAGGUGGGGAGAUGGCAGGAUCAAAUCACAGUGCGUGGUGUGGUGGUGAGCGGUGUGUUGGGCGGAGUGUUUUGUGUGAUAACGCACAAGUUGAAUCUGACAGUGGGAAUCAUUCCUUCUCUCAAUGUGGCGGCUGGCCUCCUCGGCUUCUUCCUUGUCAAGUCAUGGAUUGCCCUCCUGUCCAAGCUUCGAAUCUGGACAACCCCCUUCACCAAGCAGGAGAACACUGUCAUUCAGACCUGUGUCGUUGCCUGCUACGGCAUCGCUUUUAGUGGUGGAUUUGGGUCAUACUUAAUUGCAAUGGACAAAACAACAUACAAUUUGAUUGGAUCCGACUACCCAGGCAAUAGGGCUGAAGAUGUUAAGAAUCCCUCCUUAGGUUGGAUGAUUGGCUUUGUUUUUGCAGUCAGCUUUUUGGGCCUGUUCAGUGUUGUUCCCCUUCGAAAGGUAAUGGUCAUAGAUUACAAACUCACAUAUCCUAGUGGUACUGCGACAGCUUUGCUUAUAAAUAGUUUCCACACUCCUCAAGGUGCUGAGACAGCAAGAUUGCAAGUACAAUGUCUUGGGAAGUAUCUUGGCAUUAGUUUCUUUUGGAGUUUCUUUAAGUGGUUUUUUAGUGGGAUUGGAGAUUCAUGUGGAUUUGACAACUUUCCAAGUCUAGGGUUGGAAGCAUACAAGAACACAUUUUAUUUUGAUUUCAGUGCAACCUACAUUGGAUGUGGGCUUAUCUGCCCUCACAUUGUAAAUUGCUCAGUUUUUCUUGGAGCUAUAAUAUCAUGGGGGAUCUUAUGGCCUCUCAUUAGCACACAUGCAGGGGACUGGUACCCAGCAGACCUUGGUAGCAGUGACUUCAAGGGCCUCUAUGGCUACAAGGUAUUUAUAGCCAUUUCCCUUAUUCUAGGUGAUGGGAUAUACAAUUUAAUCAAGAUAGUUGGCAUUACUGUGACGCAAUUUUAUUCCCAAUAUAGAAAAGAAAAUGAACUUUCUCUUGUCAACAGUGUUCAAGGUAGUGAUGCAUGGGCAGCUUGGAGACAAUUUACAUUAGAUACUGCAGUUGAGGUGAGAGAUCCUGGGUACAUGGAGGUUCGUUCAACGAAAUGGGACCGAAUUGCACUUGAUGGAGAAGUUGCAGCCAUGGUGGAUGAAGCGGUUGAACUAGAUGACCUUAAUGAAUUACCCUCUUUUCUGCUACCAUCAGAGGAACCCGAGUUUGAGAGUGAUGAGUAUUUGGAGAGCAUCAUAGCUAAAAACCUUGAUAUGGAUGGCUAA